AGGCCGGCACAGGCAGACACGCCCCCGCCUUCGCCGCGGCCGUACCCCCCGCCCCACGCUGCCAUUCGACUCCUCUCGCGCUCACGGGCACGCCGCUCACGCACCAUAUACUCGCCACCGUCUCCUCCUCCGCCUCGUACUAGCUCUAGUUGCAGCUAGCCUGCCAUCGCAGCACGCGCCAAGACGUACGCGCGCGCGCCGGCCGCUCCCGCCUCCUCCUUUCUCCGGCCGGUGGCGUGCGCGCUGGCGGGCGGGCGUGUAGCGCGCGCGCUCGUUCCUCGACUCGCCCACGGCGGUUGAUGAGGCCCGCGCGCCGGGACGGGGGCGUGGUGGGUGCCUCGGCGCGGGCGCUCCUGGUGCUGCUGCUGCUUCUACUGGCGGUGAUCGACCGCCGAGGCGCGGAGGCCAUCCGCGUGGUGCCGCACUGGUCGGCGCCGGGCGGCAAGUCGAGGAACCAGAGUCACUCCCACAGCCACAACCGUGGUGGCGGUGGCGGCGGCGGCCGGGCGGCCGUGCUGCCGCCGUGGAAGGCAAUGCCGCUGGUGGGGACGCGGCCAGUGCCCGUGCACCAGCCUGGGUCGGCGGAGGAUGAGGACAGCAAGCGGCGGAUCCCGAGCUGCCCGGAUCCGCUCCAUAACCGGUGACCAGACCAUGCUUGUGGGCUGUUCUUGACUGACGACACUGCUCCUGUCCUGCAUGGAUCAAAGCUUUUGCUUUCUUUCUUCUUACUUCAUCCUUUUCCCAACUUGUUCCUUUUUUACUCUCACUGUAAUUACUACUAGAUCGAUGCUGGGUGUGAAGGACUUUGUAUUGGUAGAAUCUCCCAAUCCAAUCACUUGAGGCGUGCUGGAUCGAGAUUCUUGGCAAACAAAGGCCUUACCUGCUGCUGCUGCUGCUGCCUCGCCUCUUUUUGAUUUCAAAGUGAUGAAGAAAUCAGUCGAAAGAUCUAUCUGUUAGAUGUGGAAAGGCUACUGCUGCUGUUACAGCGGCGGAAGAAUCGCUUGUCGUAUUAAGUGUCCUCGUUCGUUCAUCCACCUAUCUCUUUCAGUAUUUUUACACAGCAGACAGCCUUUCUGAGGGUCAGGGUCCCCUUCUUUUUUUCUA